AUGCUUAUGACAAAGAAGAAUAGCAAGAAGAACAUAUGUCGAAAUCAAUGCUAUGGCUAUAAAUUGGGCUUGCUUUUACUCGCUCUUUGGUUAGGUAUAAGAUUCUCUCUGCUAGAAGAAUCAAUUACAUCUCGUAAGAUUAUCACAGACUUUAUUUCACAAUCAGAAACUAUGAGCAAGACUUUACAAGUUCGUUCUAUUAUCAAAAAUUUCGUUGCCACACAACAGGAAGAGGGUGUUGGCGCCACUGUCAGACGUUCUAUUGGUACCAUGCAAAUGAGAAGGUUCUCUCCCUUCCUGAUGCUCGAUCAUUUCACUGUCAGCCCUCCAGCUGGUUUUCCUGAUCAUCCACACCAUGGCCAGGAGACUAUCACCUAUAUGCUAGGCGGUAUGCUUGCACAUGAGGAUUUUUCUAAUUCCAAAGGUAUUUUAUCACCUGGAGAUUUGCAGUUUAUGACAGCCGGAAAGGCGAUUAUUCACUCUGAGAUACCAGUAAAGAUGGAUUCCGGUCAGCCUGCGGUCGGUCUGCAACUGUGGGUUGACCUUCCUGAAAAGCUAAAGAACUGUGAGCCUCGCUACAGGGACCUCAAGGCGAAAGACAUUCCAGUGAUAAAACCUUCUGAGCACCUGAAAGUCACAGUCAUCAGCGGUACCUCCUAUGGAGUUCAAUCAGCGAGGGACCUGGCCUACACGCCGGUUCAUUACUACCACUUUGCUACAUCGAAGAAAGGUACAGAGUUUGUUCAAGAGUUUCCUAGGGUUUUCAAUGCCUUCAUGUACAUCUUGAAGGGCUCUAUAGGGAUUGGUGAAAAAUUGUUUCCGCAAUUCUCUACAGUUUUCUUUGAUACAGAUGGCGAUGCCGUUGAGGGCUUUUCAGCUUCUGAUAACGCAGAAUUUGUGUUAAUUGGUGGUGAAAUCCUGCACCAGGACGUUGUGCAGCAUGGCCCCUUCGUCGAAACAAACAGAGAACGUUUGAUUGAGGUAUUCCACAACUAUCAGAAUAGUAUCAAUGGCUUCGAUAGAGGUCGUAACUGGAGGUCCACGAUAGCAGGCGGCAUUACAGAGAGUGAAGCCAAGAAAGACUUUCGUAACUCCAAAGGCAUAAAAUAG